AAAUACUGUGUACGAAAAAGAAAGGUUUCAUCGUCUUUUCGCUGAAACUGAGGGUAAAUUAUAAUAAUUUUUAAAUUAAACUUCAUAGAUGUUAUCAUCUAUUAACAAAGGUGUUAAGGAUACGAUGUAAGUCUUACGUAGCCAAUUUGCCAAAUUGCUUACUAUUAAUAUUACAUGCUGUGAUGGAUAUUUUUGAAAUAGUUACUUUGAAUGAACAAAUGCCUGAGGUUACAAACGAUCGUGUUAAAGAUAACCUUGCCAUCAUGUCGAGUGAUGAAGAAGAUUCUUUCAAUCUCGUAAAGAAGCGUAAAAUAUACUUCCCUGGAGAUUCGAACAAAAGUAUUAGUUUAUCGCCUGCACGCUCGGACGAACAUAAUAAUGACGAAUGCAAAGAACCUAUUCCAAUAAUUCGUAAGUCGAGAAUUAAAAACAAUUAUACUGAAUCCGAUAGUGAUAAAGAAGAACCAAGGAACAAUGUCGUAAAACGCGACGGUAAGAAAAAAUUUAAAGAAAAAUUUCACAAAUUCAAAAAUAGGAAAUCACAUUCAAAAACUUUGAAUGGAAAUGACACUGGGGAUGAAUUAUCUCAAUAUAAAGAGAAUGUAGAAGAAACAUCAGCAUACAUUAAUUUGUCAGUGUGUGAUCCUGAUGAAUCUGAUGAUGAAGGAAAUAGUAUAACAGCCAUAAAGAAAUUGAUUGGUUCUAAAUCUAACUUACCAUCUGUGAAAUCAAAACCAAUACGAAUGUCAGCAAAAGAAGCCAUGGUAAACAUGCAAAAAAUCAAGAGUGAGUCCAACAGAAUGUUAAGAGAAAAAGAGGUUUCUCUUCCAUAUCACCGACCCAAAGCAUUAUCUCUUAAAGAUAUUAUGAAUCGUAGAAAACCUGCUGUUUCCAGUGAUGGAAAAACAUUACCUAUUAAAAUGAAUGAGGAGCAAUUAAAACACUAUGCAAUGAUGUUAGAGGAGAGGCAAAAAGAAAUGAUGGAAUUGUGUAAAAGUGAGUCUGACAAAGACAAUGAAGAAAAAGAAAAUUCAAAUGUAAACAAAUCAAAUCAAGCAAAUGAAGAAGAUGAAGAUAAUCAAGUUGACACAGAAAACAUAGCACAAGAGAAUGAUACAAGUUUUGACCAAAUUGCUGUUGAAACUAUUAGUAAUCAUAAAAGUAAAAUGCAAGAUGAGUCUUCCUCUCCCUCCCCUUUAAAUAACUUAGAAGAAAGUUGCAAACAAGAUAUAAUUGUUGAUAUAGUUGAACAUAUCUCAGAAAAUGGUACUCAAGAAAAACUAGUAGAUGAUAUUGUAACUGAAAAAUCUAAUUACUUUGUACAUACUGAUGUCAAUGACAAAAUAGUAACACAUACUUCAGUAGAUGAUAAACCUAAAGACAAAGAAAAUAAUAAAAAAAAUAAUCAAAAUAAUGACAGUCAGAUGAUAUCGUUGCAUUAUGAAGCUAUAAAUUUUGAUUCAGAAAAACCAUGUACAAAAACGAAUACUGCACAGGAAAUCACUGAUGGGGAUAUAGAUACAUUCUCAGAUAGUGACUUAAAUUGUGAAGAUCUAGAGACUCUUAUUGAAAAUGCCGAGAUUGUCACAGAUGAUACCAAGGUAAACAAAAGUAUUGUAAUUAAACCAAAAUUAACGGGUGCUCCAGGUAUGGUUAUUAGCUUAGAUGAUGAUGAUGACUCUACUGGAAAACCUACAGGCAUAGAACUACUAAAAGAAAGGUUUACAUAUUUUGCUAAGCUGCAGAACCAGGAGGACAUGGAGAAAGAUAGAGAGAAAAAAUAUAAGCCAGGCACACAACAUAUUAAGUUAAAACAACAACUAGAAGAAGAAAUUGCUGAGCAAAGGUCUCUGGAAUGGACUAAACGGCUUGAAGAGGAAAAAAUAUUAAAGUCAGAACAAAAAGAGGUUUUGGGAGAUGAUUCCGUUGAGGAUAUUGACAAAAUUGAAGCAAAACUCGAAGGUCUUGAAGAAAAGGAUACAGUUGAAGGUGAAAUUGAUGAUAGUGCUGACGAUGAUAUUGAUGAGGGUGCCGAUGAAGGUGAAGAUUUAGUUGAAGAUGAUGUUGAUAUGACCGAUAAACCGGCAAAGCGUAAUCCAAUGCUUGAUGAUGAGGCCGAAGAAUCUGAUGAUGAUGAUGGUGAUGAAGUCGAUGAAGAAAUUGAAGCCAAUGAUGAUCAAGAUGAUGAGGAAAGUGACAGUAGCAGUGAAUCAGAAGAAGAACUAGAACAACCGAAGGCUAAGAAAGGCCGGAUCCUUAAGGCUUUUGAAGAUUCUGAUGAUGAAGAUGUUGAAAAUAAAGAUGAAAAUAAAUUACUUGUGGAGCACCAUGACGAUAAAAUAUCACAAGAUGAUGAACUGCAAUUAGCUCAAACAAAUAAGUCUUCAGAAGAUCUAUUCCCCAGUCAAGAGUGUGAUGUGCUGAUGUUAAGCAAAAAUAAUGAGGGAAUGAAUACUGAGGAGUUGGGCACAUUUUCUAUACUCUCACACACUGAUAAGGAAAAUGGCCCAAUACCUAUUAUUUGUGAAACCCAGAAUGAUAAUGCAAGUUUGGAUGAUAUAGUUGGUAUGUGCUCCGGUAGUUUCUCCCAAAGUAUCAUAGUUCCAACUCAAACAUCUCAACUUACACCAUCUUUAGAAUUCACUGAUGAUGUUGUCGCACUUUGCACUGGAAAAUUCUAUGAUAACCAAUUUGUUUCUCAAAUAAAUGAAAAGGACUUGUCAUCAACAGAAAAAUUGGACACCGAAAGCUCAACAAUUCCAAAGGAGUUACUGCCGACUGCAAGUUUGGACACAGAAGGCAUGCCAACUUUACAGUCAGAUUUAGGACAUAUGCCUAAAGAGAAUAACUGUAAUAAAGAUAUUGAAAAUUGUACCAUAGAUAAUAUAAAUAUAGAACAAAAAAGUAAGAGAGAAGAGACUCUUUUAAAAUCUAUUUUAGACGAAUUAGAUGAGCCAGAAUUCGAUAAACCUAAGCAGUAUAAAUUUUUCGCACCACCAAGUGAAAUUAAAAAGAAAUUAGUGAUUGAUUCGGACGAUGAAACGGAACAAGAGAAAGAAGUUAAAAAGAAAAAGAAGAGACGGAAAGAGAUUCGGGCUUUGCAAAUAUCAGAUGAUGAGGAAGAAGAAAUAGAAACCGACGAAGAAAAUGAAUCAGAUGGUGAUGUCGGUGAAAAGCUUUAUGAAUAUGAUUCAGAGGAGAAUGAGGUAGAAGUAGUCCAGCCUAAAAAAAGGAAGAUGGAGUUCUUUGAAAAUGAAGCAGAACUGACAUCAGAGGAUGAAUGGGCGGGGUCUGGUGAUGAAGAUGAAGCCGGUUUGGACCGGAUGGAGCGGGAAGAGGGAGACGAUGAUGUAUUCAACCAAGGGAAGCUGCAGAGCGAGUUGGGGCAGAUACAUAUGCGAGAAGUAUUAGAUCAGGACAAAAGGGAAGUUCGUCUCAUACAAGAGUUGUUACUUGAAGACGCGGAUCUCGGUGAUGGGCAUAGACAAAGGAAAUUUAAAUGGAGGAAUGUUGAUGGUGAAGAAGAAUCAGGUACGGUAGCAGAUGAGUGUGAUACGCAAGAAGAAGAGUUUGAGUCAGAGGAGAUGUGGCGAAAACAGAGGCACGAAAGGGAGAUAUUUUUGAAGAAAAUGCAAGAGAAUGGCGAAGAUCUCGAUACGAGUAUAAAUAGAACAACAAUUAUCAAAGCGAAUCUGUCUUCGAGAACUAUGUCUAACCUCAUAGCAGAAAGUAAGCAAAGCCCGGUCGAAAUGGAAUGUAUUGAGAAGAAAACUAAAGAUAUACCCAGUCCUAAGAAGCCAUUUUCCAUUUUAAAGCAAAGCUACCACGGGUCAUUCUUAACUCGAGGUCGUGGAGCGCUCGCAAGACUGGCUGCUCUCGCGACACCUUUAGUUGUAGACGAGGAAACACCUAAAGUCCUCGCUUCAGCGCGAGGCAACUUUGUCUUUACUGCGAAGAAUGAGGAACCAAAGGUAAAAAAACGCAAAGCUGAAGCAACUGUAGGCACACCACAACUUAUUAAGAAAAUGAAGACUGAAGAAUACAAGAAAACACUGUUUGAACAACUUCGCGACAUGGCUAAUGAACUAAAAGAAAUAAAUGAUAUCGUAAAAAAAAGCAAAAUUCUGCUUUUGGACAUCGAAGGGACUACAACGUCGAUCAGCUUUGUUAAGGACAAGUUGUUUCCGUAUGCUGAAGAGAAUGUGAAGACAUUCCUGGAAAGUCAGUGGGAGAAUGAAGAUGUAAAGAAGGCUGUGACUGCAUUGAGGAAGCUGGCGCUAGAAGAUAAAGAGAAAAGUGUUGAAGGGGUUGUUUCUAUACCUGGAGAGGAUGCAUCAAAAGAAGACCAGAUUGAAGGACUUGUCAAAAAUGUGAAGUGGCAGAUGUCUUCUGACCGCAAAGUUGGUGCUCUGAAAGAGCUUCAAGGUUUGAUUUGGAAGCAAGGCUAUGAUAAAGGAGAUAUCAAGGGCCACGUUUACGACGACGUUCUACCAGGAUUGGAACAGUGGCGAGCUGUUGACGGUCAGAAGAUCUACAUCUACUCUUCUGGAUCAGUUCAAGCUCAAAAAUUAUUGUUUGGACAAUCCCUAGCUGGAGACCUGCUUAAGUUUAUUGAUGGCCACUUCGAUACAGCAGUUGGUGCUAAGCAGGAGGCAGCAAGUUAUAAGGCCAUAGUGGAGAAAAUAGGUUGCAGUGCUGAAGAUGUGCUGUUUUUAACUGAUGUUGUUAAAGAAGCGGAAGCUGCCAAAUCUGCUGGUCUAUACACAGCUCUUGUCACAAGAGAAGGCAAUGCACCACUCACAGAUGAAGACAAAAAAUCAUUCCCUGUGAUUCAGUCAUUUGGGCAACUCACAGUCUCAAACAAACGCAAGACCGAUCCUCAGGACGAACAACCCGCCAAAGUUCUUAAGACUGAUAUAAAUGAUGACGUAAAGACUGCGACUGAAUCCGCCGAAGAAAAAGUGGUGUCACCUACUGAAAAGGUAGCAGAAGAAAAAAUGGAAGUGGAUGAUGCCGCUGUUGAAGCGAAGAGCGAGACAAUUAUUGAAGAAAUAACCGAUGCUAAGGAUACUGAUGCUCCAGUUUGUGAUAUUAAACCAAUUGUAACUGAAGUUGAUGAUAGCCAAGAGAAAGAAGAAAAGAUGGAAACUGAAAUAAAUGGCAGUGUUGCUGCUGAAAAGUCAGAGGAUAAAAGUUCCAAAAAGGCAAAUGAACUGUCAAAAGACCAAGUGGUUAAAGAAGACAGUCCUGUCGCGGAGGAGACCCCUCCUGCGGUAAUCACAGAAAUAGAAGAAAUUACAAACGAGAAGGAAUCGCUUGCUGAUGCUGCUGAAAUAAUUGAAGGGCUGGAACCGGUUGUUGAAGAACCAGAAACGGCAGCUGAAAUAGAUAACUUGCAAAAUGUAGGUGAGGAAUUGGAAAAAGAAUGUGACGAGAUAUUAUCUAAAAUGAAGAAUGUCGCAAAUUUAGAAAACAUGAAGCCUCUAUUAAAACCUAUAAUUGAAGAAUCGAUGGAAGUCGAAAAUCAUGUACCCAGUGAAGACGAUAAAGUUUCGGAUACUAAAGUGGAAUCAAAAACUGAUAUUCAGCCAGCUGAUUCUGAAAGCAAAGAAAAUAAGGAUGUAGAGGAAAAAGUCGGAGAAAGUAAAGAAACUAAAGUAGUAGAAGCAAGUGAAGACAAGAGUAUUUCAAAUGAGCCUAUUCCUGAAAAGUCAAAAGAAACAAAUGGAGUUGAUAAAAUUGAAGUGGCCACUGACGAAACUGAAGUUAAAAAGGAAGACGAUCCAAAACCUACGGAAGACGUAACGGAAACGAAAGCCGAAAAAGAAAUUGUGCCGAAAAAUACAAAAGAGACACAAGCCGAACCAGAAAAAUCAGAAUCAAAUGACACAAAAGAAACGAAGGGUGAAAAUGAAGUUCAAUUAAAUGGUGAUGCGACAAACGGAACUGAAAUUAGCCAAAAUGGUGUUGAAAAAGUAGAAGAAAGGCUUUCUGCAGAAAAUGGAAAAGAAAUUAACGGUUCAAAUGGCACUAACAAAACAGCAGAAGAAAUUAAGUCUGUUUCGGAGAUCAAAGUGAAAUCCCUCUCAAAGGAAGAACCUCUUCCAGACCCCAUAGAGCAAGCGACAGAGGCAUAAAAUACUUAUUGUAAAAGGUGGCGCUGUGUAUCGUGGGGCUCAAGACUGAGGCUAUUGACAUCACUCACUAGUUCAUACAUUAUUUCUAAUAUUUCUCUUUGAAGAAGAUACAUUUUACGGGAUUAAAACGCGUUUAAAUAUAUCCUAAGUAUACUAUUUUAAUUGCCCUCACUCUUAACUUAAGUACUUUUUUGUCUCUUUCUGUCAAAUUGAAUUUAUGCGAUGUAAAAAGACGAGUAAGCACUUUUAAAACGGUGCAAUUAGAUCAAGUUUUAAUAAAUAAUAACCUACUUUACAGCUUGAAAAGUUCAAACAUUACCUAAAAUAAUAUAUGCUAGGAGACGGACAUUAGAUCAGUACAAUGAUUUUAAAAGUUAACGCGUUUUAAUCCCGUAAAGUAAUUUUUAUCAUUUUACGUUUAUCCGUAUGGAUGAAGUGAUACUUGCAAUAAUACAAUACUUAAAAUUACGUAAACUGCUGGACUUGUUAAGUCCUGUUUCCUUCACUUCCAAUUUUUAAACAGGUCCUAAAAUGUUAGGUUUUAAACUAGUUAAAGUGACGAGCCUCUUUGUAAAUACGAUUGAAAACAAAUUGUCUAUGCUUUUGUGUCUUUUAUAUCUGUCGGGAGUUUUAUAAGUACAUUUUAGUGAGUAAGCAUAGAUGUGUUGUUUUCGAUUGGUUUUCUCAUUUUUACGUCAUAUUCAUAAUUUUAAGAUAGGCUAAGGACAGGUUAAAUUAGGCGUUUUGUUUAGAAUAAUAGCGUUUACGCACAGUAUUCAAGGCGUUAAGCCGUUAGAAUCUCGAAAAUCCUAUAGUAUUAUCUACAUAUUAGUGUUUAGCAUUACCAGCGGCACGCUAAGGAGGCCUUUUUUGUCAUACGAAAUCGGCUAAGUGAAUUUGAUUUUGAUCGAAUCAAAAUGGCCGUGUCAGCGUACCGCUGGUAGAAAAUGUUGCCAAUACAAAAAAUCCUAAUGCCGCGUAAUGUAUGAAUAAUGAGACUAAUUUUAUUAAGACUGCUGUCCUUCAGUUACCAGUGUACACACUGAUCGAUAAGGUUUAAUUCUAAGUACUGUGGAUCUUUUUUGUCGUAAGUCAUAGACCAAAAACAUCAAUUUACAUACGACUGGACUAAUUCUUAUUGUUUAUAAAUGUAAUUAGUUAUGACAGAAAAAUGAACCGAUUAUUAUCAUUGUAUUAUUUUUUCUACUGGGUUUACACAAUGCGAGCAAAGUCAGUCAAGUCCAGCUUGUAAAUUGAGAUUUGUGGUCAAUUGUCGAUAUUCAUCACACUGCCAAAUCACUUGCCCCUACAUUUGACGUCAGUUUACAAUUUUUUGUUGUGAUAUUGAAAAUAAGACUGUAUAUUAGUCAUGACUGGGCUGUGUUGUUUUGAAUGGAUGACUAAUAUAGUGCCAUAAACUUAUCUUACCAAAAGUAAAUUGCAUUGGGACAGUAAAGUUUACAGCACUAUACUAUGUAGGUAAGAUAUUUUGAUACUCAAGUAUCACAGGGUUUCUUAAGAUUCAAGACAUGAAAUUGAUAAUUAUUUUUAGCUAUAAAAGGUUUUUACUCCUUGUUGGGAAACCCUUAACUCAUAUCGCAUCACGAAGCUAAUUAAGGUAUUUGUAUAUAUGGUUUAUAUGGCUUUUGGGAUUGUUAUAUGAAUUGAUUCAGCCCUAAAAUUAUCACUUAAAUGAAUUAUGAAGUUUUUUCAACGCAAAAGGCGUUCGAAGCGGAAGCUUUUGAAGACCCAAACGGCAAUACAAUCUACUAUAGCGGGCGGGCUAAUUCUACUUCCACAGGAUCCUUUAGUAGACUGUACGUGUCUGAAAGUAGACUGGACAAAUACUAGUCAAAUAUCGAUGUGUGAGCCAUUCUUUGUAUUAUUUUUAUACCAUAUAUUAAGUUCUAAAUUGUUCCUCUUUAGUUGUAAGGUAACGGAUCGUUAUUGUUAAACUGACAUCAAGUGUUAGACAGUUCCUUUCUUAGACUGAUUUAUACCUAUCACAAUACGUUUAAUUUUCGUUUUACUAUUAAAAUGAGGACUUAAUUACAAUUAUUUCUUGACCGCUUAUUUUUUUUAGUAAGACAAUAUGUGCUUUUGUUUUUGAUAUAUUUUGACAUUAGAUGCUUACAUAACUUUAGUUAUUUGAUAAUACUUCCUUUUGUGUAUAAAAUAAACGUGAUUUUUAAUUACUGAGAUAAUAUAAUGGAUGUAGAAUUUCUGA